AUCACCUUUGCGCCUCAGUUUCCUCAUCGUCCUCUCUUUGCGCCUCUAUAUAUUGGGUGAUAACUGAACUCCGAUCUCAACUAGUAAACUAUUCUCAAUCGAAGACACAGACGUUUCACCAUUACCACAUAUACGUAUAUAGACACGGACGCCCAUAUACAUUACUGAUAAUAAUUCCGGAGUCUAUUUCAUCGAAGGGCAAAAGGAUUAAAGAAAGGGAAGAGUGAAAGCAAGAAUCGAUGGGGAAGAGAAAAGAGCGCCGCCUGGCAGCUUUAAAUAACGCUGGUCGCCGUGUCAAGCUCGAUCUUUUUGUGGAACCCUCUGGAGAGUUGGGUGGCUCCAUUGUGCAUGAAGAAGUUGGAGGGGAUCCAAAAGACACUGCUGUGUUACCCAAUUCACCAUCUUCUUCAGGAGAACCGCCGGAGAAUCCUUUACUCUUACUUGGGCAAUAUAGCGAUGAUGAUGUGGAUGAGGAAUUGGAUAAGGGACUUAAUCAUGCUAUUAUCACAGAGAGUCCCUCUGUUCUUAACGAUGCUCAGGUUGAGGAGCUACCUGCUGAAGGAUGCAAAGAAAUGGAUGCUGAUAUAGAUGAAAGCAUUGCUGCACAGAAAGUUGGCCAGCAACAUAUAGAGAGAGAUUCUGUUCUGCAGCAUGUCUACAGUAGACAGGAAGAUGAUGAUACUAAAGAAACUGAUGCUGCUGGGUUAGAUGAUUCAUGUAAAGAAAUGCAUCAUGCACCACAAAAUUUUGCUCCUGGAAUUUCAGAGGUUCAGAUUACUGGAGAGGUCAGUUCAAGCUGGAAGAUGGUAAUGCAUGAGGAGACCAACCAAUACUACUAUUGGAAUACAGAAACCGGGGAAACAUCUUGGGAAAUACCAGCUUUUUUUGCCCAGUCAACUGAAUCGACUCUCGAUUGCAAAUCUCCUCUAACCAGGAAUGUGGAAUCUGCAUCUGUUGGUACACACAAUACUGGUUCAGGUUUAGGAGAUGAGCUGGACAACUCUUCAGCUGCACAAAGCAAUAGCUUAGUGUGCACCAAUUUGAUCACUCAAAGCGAAGUGGAUGGUAACGGACCCCAGACAGCUGAUUUGGCUGGGGAAUACAAGACUGAAGCUCUGAAAGAUAAAAAUUUGGUUCCUAAAGCCAGCAAAAUUGAAAUUCAGAGUAGCUUGGACACAAUUAAUGUUGUUUCAAAUAACUCUGUAAAUGACGAUUUGGCUAGUAACAGAGAUAAAACAGGGAUUGAUCUUUCCACUUAUCUGGUGACACGAAGUGAGUCCUUGUUGGAGAGAUUGAAGUCACUGAAAGGGUCUCAGGGCAAUUCACAAGCACAUGGCUGGCUGUCAAAAUACAUGUUAGAAGUUGAGAUUAGACUUUCUGAUUUUACGGCACUCUUAUCACAUGGGUCAUCCUUGCUUCCGUUUUGGGUUCAUUCUGAAAAGCAGCUCAAGCGCUUGGAAGAGGCCAUUAAUGAUGAAAUUUACCAACUUGCAAAAUCUGCUGUUAUGGAUGAAGUUGAGGAAACUCAUAUGUCUGCAUCAAUAGGAAAGCACAAGUCACAUGAAAGCAGUUCAGCCGGUAAUGAAGCUAAUGGAAUUGAUGUCAACCAGCAAGACCAUUCAUAUCCAACUGCAGGGAACCCACUUGUGGUUCUAAAUGAUGAUUCGACCGUCCUACCACCUCUCGAUGAGGAAUGGAUACCUCCCACCCCCACUGAUAAUGAGCAAAUUCCUCCACCCCCACCUGAUAAUGAGCAAAUUCCUCCACCACCGCCUGAUAAUGACCAAGUUCCUCCACCUCCGUCUGAUGAGCUUCAAGAACCUUCUUAUCCUCCGUUACCAUCUUAUAUGGAGACAGGGCAACCUGUCACUUAUGCUGAACAAUACUGUUUAGCUUAUUCAGACCCCAAUAUUCAAUAUUAUGGACAUUCAGUUGCCGAUGUUUCUAGUAGUAAUUUUUACGGACACGCAGAUGGAUCUCAAGUUGCUGUACCUGAUGCAUCACUUUAUUAUGGAAUCGUUCCCAACACUUAUGGUGAAACUGCUAAUGCCAUGGUUAAUACUGUUCAGGCUGUAGCCUAUUAUGAUUUUAAAACAGGAGGAGUUCUGCCUGCAACUGUUGAUGGCAAUGCAGAAUCUUUACAAUUUCAGAAGGAUUCUGCUCCUGUCAGUUACAAUGUUGUUACCUUAGGAUCUGCUGAUUCCACUGCCAUAACAAUGAAGGUUAAUGUUUCAACUGCUGAUGGUGGGGAUGUAGUAGCUGCAACAAUUCCUUGUACUUCAGCUACUAUUCAAGCUCCUGCAACUGUUUCAGUUAAAGAUAGUGUUAGUUCUGAAUCAACCAAUGUCAUUAUCACUUCUGCUGCUGGCACAUCAUCAUCUGCAAAGGUCCAGUCUAAAGUUCUGCGUGGUAAAAAAAGGACUGUACCCGUGGCACCAUCCUUGAGGUCUAACAAGAGGGUCUCUGGUUUGGUGGACAAGUGGAAAGCGGCCAAAGAGGAGCUUAAUGAGAUUGAAGAUGAUGAGCCUGAAAACUUGUAUGAGAUUCUAGAGAAAAAGCGACAAAGGGAAAUUGAGGAAUGGCAUGCUAAGCAGAUCGCCAGUGGAGAGGCCAGAGGCAAUGCUAAUUUUCAACCACUAGGUGGUGACUGGCGGGAGAGAGUAAAGAGAAGGAGAGCUCAAGCAGCAGCCAAGGAAACAGCAGAAAUUGCACCAGAAGUGCGUAGUAAUGAAACCCAGCAGCCUGAUUUAGCAGAAUUCUCAAAAGGUCUCCCGUCAGGAUGGCAGGCUUACUGGGAUGAAACCUCAAAACAAGUCUAUUAUGGAAAUGCAAUGACCUCGGAGACGACC